CAAGGAAUGGUUGGGAAAGGUUCCUCGGUGCAACAUUCCAACUACCUCCAACCAGGAAAGGAAAGCUGUCUGUCCGAGAUGGUGGACAAAAUGGUGAUGCAGGAUUUGGGCAUAGAGAAUGGCUGCCAAACUCACAGCGAGUUAUGCAACGACGCUGGCGCGAAUUCACAGAGAGCAGUUUAAACUCCUUGGAAUAUUCCAACAGCUGCUCGGUUGUCCAGCUUCCAUCUUCAUCCGUCAAAAAUGGUGAGAUGGCCACCCAGGGUUUGAUCCCUCCUCCCCCUCCGCAUUCAGCCUCACGCGAGGACGAGCCGACGGACCGAGCGCCGCCCGCUUCUGCUCCCGCGGCACAGACUGAGCGGAGAAGGGGGCGUGGGGGGGGACGGCAGCGGACUUUUGAGCAACCGGCGGAGUUCUCCGGUCUGCACCCUCCGCCGCGGGGGAGACGAGCGUCGAGGAUCAGUACCGGGGCCCUCCGGGAAAGAGCAGGGAGCCAUGGAGCCCUCCGCGUCGACCGAGGUGGAGCCCAAGGAGCGGAGGAAGAUCCAGUUCGCCGUCCCGACCGCCGCGGCCACCAACCUGGACCCCCGGCAAGUUGAGAUGAUCCGGCGAAGGAGGCCGACGCCCGCCACCCUCUUCAGAGUAGCCGACCAUGCGUCGCCCGAGGACGACCAGUCUAGCCAUCAGGUAAAGUGGGUCGUCGGAGAGAACGGCGUCCUCAAACCAAAGCGAGUUAAUCCAAACGUGUACCAGCCGCCAUCACUCAAAGCCGUGCAGAAGAUGGCCGAGGCGCACAUGCAGAACUUCGGCGUCUGCCCUCCUCUGGAGGACCCUCGCGAGGGCGAGGAGGACGACGACCUCGAGAAAGCUUCUGACCACCAGGAGAUGGGGACCGGCGACCCGUCGGAAGCGGCUCCGGGCGCUCAGGAGACGGAAAAGAUGAUCCAAGCAUUGCACGUGGAGGAGGAAGAGGAAGAGGAGGAGGAGGAGGAGGAAGGGGGAGAAGGCCGGGGGACGACGGGGGAGAGCAAGUCGCCGGGGAGUAACUGAGUAAACGCUCAUUUGAUACCAACCAACAGGACUGCGCGACCCACUCGCCUCCCUCUUGCUUGUGGAGACGAGGUCAGUGCGACUUGACGAAGCGCAGUCUAAACACCUUUUAAAUCGCGACGCCAAAAACCCGCAUCCUCGCGCAAAAAAACAAAAACGCGCCGGGACGUCCCAUCGCAAAACGACCCCUGCCGAGCCGGUCGAAGGUUUUGAGCACUGCGGAACCCCAAAAGUCAUCGACAGCGGGUACGGAACGCGUUCAGACCCCCUUCGGUUUUUCCCAGUUAUACUGCAGCCAUUUGCUAAAAUCAUUUAAGUUCUUUUUUUUUUCUUCAAUGU